UAUGGGUCCGAAGCAGGGUAUAAAGAAGCGACCAUCUGCAAAGACUCGUGUACAUAAAAUCAACAAAGAUAUCCUUGCGUCUCAAUUCUCACAAUCUCAAACCUUAUCACAAUCCGAGACAAACCUUAAAAGUGGGCAGCAAACACCAAAACGUCGAAGGAAGGCAACAAACUCUUUGGUAAAACCACAUCAGUCUAUAUUUUCACCGAAGAAACAAACAGGUGAAGCUGAAGAUGACGAUUUACAUUCUAAACGUGACGAUGAUGAUGAGAAUAAAGAUGACGGAAAGAAGGAGGAGGAAGCUAGUGAACUAAAUACCUCCUCCUCUGCAGAAGACGUCGAAAAGAAAACCGAAACCAACUCCGAAAGCCCUCGACCGGACCAGAAAAAUGGAUGGAAGCCAUUAACAACCUACACGAUCCCACUUAAUACAAAAAAAUGGCAGCCAUUACCUCAUCAAGUUCAUUCGGAGUUAUCCACAUUACUUCAACUACUAGUGCCACCUUCACUAUCUGAAAUAGAUAGUGUCUAUCAAGAAAUGUUGGAAAAGAAUGUGAUACGACCUAUUUCAGAUAAAUUUUCAACAAUAUAUCUACCACCUAUACAUAAAUACGCUUCUAAAAAAAUGCAAAGGGAACCAGGAUCUGGUGACUUUAAUUUGAACAUGUUACAUCAGGAUCAGAAACGCCUGAUAUCAGGGUAUGACAUAAAUUCCAAGCAAUUGGAUACACUUGUUUUACAGUUGCUGAAGGAAAAAGAAAUGGUUACCGUGGAACGCAAGUACCUCCGCCAACUGAAAGAUAAGGUAAAUCGAUGGAAACAAAAGAAGGAGAAAAGGUUAC